CAGCAGCAGCAGAGUGGAGGCCCGUCCAUUGAAAGGCGGAAGUUGUCUUUUGGGUUACUGAAACUUUACAAAAUGGCAGAGGACAACACUUAUGAGUCGAUGCUGUGCGUGAAGCCAGAGGUUCAUGUUUAUCGAAUCCCGCCGCGGGCCUCCAACCGCGGAUAUCGCGCCGCUGACUGGAAGCUGGAUGAACCGGCAUGGAGCGGAAGGCUGAAAAUCACCGCCAAAGGCAAGAUGGCCUUCAUCAAGCUGGAGGACAGGAACACAGGUGAGCUGUACGCACAGGCUCCCGUCGAGCAGUAUCCAGGUAGUGUGGUGGAAUCGGUCGCAGACUCCAGCAGGUACUUUGUCAUCCGGAUAGAGGACGGAACGGGACGUCACGCCUUCAUCGGUCUGGGUUUUGCUGACCGUGGAGACUCGUUUGACUUCAACGUGGCUUUACAAGACCAUUUUAAGUGGGUCAAACAGGAAGGGGAUCUUGCCAAACUGGAGGCGUCUCAGAGCACGGCGCCUAAACUGGACCUGAGCUUCAAAGAGGGACAGACCAUCAAGAUCAGCAUCGGGAACAUCAAGAAGAAGGACGGGUGUGGCGCCAAACCGAGACCUGGGGGCGGGGCUCUGCUCCCGCCUCCUCCAGGAGGGAAGCCAGGAGGAGUCCUGCCACCGGCUGCCGGUCUGCCGACUGUUUCAGCCCCGCAGCCCAACACCGCUCCUCUGUUAGAGCUGGGUUCCCCCGUCUCUGCAGCCCAGCCCAGCUCUGAUAUGUGGGGGGAUUUCACAUCUGCUGGCUCCAACUCCAACAAAGAUGCCGCCAGUUCGGGAUGGGUGCAGUUCAGCUGAGCCGUGCGCCGCACAAGGCGCCUCUCAGGUCCCUGACAUUCCUGCGGACAGGACGAUUGUCGACGUAAAGAAACUUCAAAACAGAGCCAGGGUUCGGGAGAUUUCACAGUUUCGUUGCUGAAAUUAUUAUUUUUUUUCUCUCUGUCCUGAGACCGAACGGCCCGUUGACCAACUCUAAAGGAACAAAUGAUUAAAGUGGAUAUCUUUACUGCUCCUUUUCACUCUCUGCUAAGCAGUAGUCGACGUUUUUUUUAAAAACAAGGGAAAUGUCUCGUCACACUAACCGCGUCAGAUAUUUAUUCACUGCCUUUUAGUGAAUUGUUUCUUGAGUUUCCUGGUUUUGUGUAGUCAUCUCACUGACGAUCUCCUUCACAAUCAGUUUUCCUCGUGUCUCUUUUAUAACAUGAGAAGGUUUAUUUUUCCAUCGCAGGGUGACGUCACUCGAACCUUUUCUUGAAGCGUCCCUCUUUCACUCGGCUGUAAAACAGCGUCUCUCUUCUUGUUUAUGUCGCUUUUAUUUGCUCCUCGUUUUAAAAGAUCUCGAAAGAUCUUUUUUUGAUAUUUGAUAAUCAGUUUUAGGUUUAAUGUACUCUUUGUUUUAAAUCAUCUUUGGGGAGGAAAAGUGAUUCUUUGUUUUAGCAUCAUGUGUUGUUGAUGUGCUUUCUUUCUUUCGUUCGUGUUCGUCCAAACGCCUCAUUUAUCUCUGCUCUCUCUCUCUGGAUUGUGCCUUUUACCCAAAACAAAAUCCGUGUUUCUUUCCUUCUGAGUCUAAUGAAGUGCCUUCCUGGAAAGAGACCUCCAAAUAUAUGUAAAAUGUAAAUAAACUGUAUAUUUCA